AUGGGUCUUUCACGCGUCACUCUUGCCCUUACUCUUAUCAUAGUCCUUGUGGGGUCUGCCUUUGCCCAAGGACCUGUUGUGGCCCCGAGCCAAGCCCCCACCACAUUGUCCACACCUGUGGCAUCCCCAGUAGAGGCUGCUGAUGCCCCUAUAGCCGAAACCCCAACCUUGGCUGCUAUGCCUCCAACUGACGUUACCAUGGACGGCCCCUCCUUGGCCCCGGCCCCGGCCCCGGGACCGGAUGGUGAUCAGUGA